GAAAAGAAAAAAACACACACACACACACACACAGCAAGCAUGGACGACUUUCCAAUUGACAAGAUCCAAAUAUCCGGCGCCACCUUAGCAUCCCUCCUCCACCGCUCCUCCGCCGCCGCCGGCGACAUCCACGGCUAUCUCUUCGGGUACGCCACCGUCUCCACCUCCAACUCCCUCUCCGACCACCCCAGCACCACCGCCGCCACUUCACUUCUCAUCGCCACCAUCACCUCCUUCAUCUCCCUCCCCUCCCACCUCCCCCUCCCUCCUCCACCCCCCGCCACCAACUCCACCGCCCUCGUCGGCUGGUUCUCCGCCCGCCGCAGAACCCCUCUCCGCCCCUCCUUGAAAGAUUCCACCACAUCUAUUUCCCUCUCCUCCUCCCCAACCCUAGCCUUCACCCCACAAAAUUCCACAAUUACCCUCCCCCCAUCUCUCUUCCUCCUCAUAACGACGCCGUUUCAAGAUCAAUUGAUCCACACCCACGAAUACAAAGCCUUCCAAUGCAAGGGCAACGCCUUCGACCCCAAGAGUAUAUCCAUUGUCAACAUUGGGCCGUCGUUCCGAUCCCAAUACGAUUCAUUUAGCCCUAAUGUGCAGUUCCCAAUGAUGGAUUGUGAGUUAAGGGGGUCGAACGCCAUGAUUGAGGAUUCAAGAGGGGAGAGUUUGGCUGAUGGGAAGAGAAAUUUGAAGGACCAGAAACAAUUGGAUACUUUUUCCGAUGGGUUUGAAAUUAAGAGAUUGGGUAAAUUGAUGGGCUCCGAGGCAGCUUACACCGACGAGCUCGAAGAUUUGUACGAUAAAAUGCUCGCUAAGUUUGAUGGUUUGUCGAAAUUGGUUGAGCAGACCAAUGCUAAAGUACUUGAACAGGAAAAUCGUAACAUGAAGUUGAGGUAUAGAGUUGCUGGUUUGGAAUAAGUUGCUGGUAGUUUCACGGCGUUUCUUUUUUGCUGAUGUCGAUGGAAGCUUAAGGCGCAGGCGUAACUACAUCUUCAAGCUUGAUGACAUAAAUUUUCCAGAAAUGUUGUUAAGAUUUUUCCAGAAAUUAUUCAGAUUGUUGUACACUAGUUAUGUUGUAUGUGAUCGAUACUAAUCCACUGGUUUCUGUAAUGAAAUCAUAUUACGUGAUCGAAAAGCAGAAAGAACCAGACUUGUUGAUAUGCA